GUUUAGCAGUUCAGAGAUUAAAAUCCGGGAAUUGCUGAGAGUUUGUAACGCUCGUAUUCAUAGGCUUCAGAAUUUUUAACAACUCUCAGGCGCGUGACGCAACUUGAUUAUACCGCUUUUUGCUUUUUAUCUCAUAAGCAACUGUUGCACACAAUCCACAAUCAUACGCAAGGAUGUUUUCUGAAAAUAAUCUUGGCAAAGAUUAUUCCAGCAUAUCUAAACACGAACUAGAAUUGCAUGUUUGUAACAACGAGAGAGAUAUUGACGAAAGUUUGCGAAACAUGGUCAAAGAAUUUAUUCAUCCCUACAAUAUAUAUAUGACGUUUAAUCCAGUUGUGAACAUAAGUAGAAUUGAAAAGUUCCAAGAUUUAUGUAACAAAGAUAUAGUAGGCAGACAUUUUUCAAUUACUUACUUCAUAAAUCAAUUGUAUUCUUUUUAUUACAUGUUUCAUGCAAUUGCAGAUGAUGUGGAAACCUAUAUAAAUUUCAGAAAAUACAGUCUGCCGAUUUUUAUCAUUCUGGGUCUUUUAGGAAAUUGUUUGUCUGCCAGUGUGCUCUUCCGUAAAAAGAUGCGUUCUUUCUCGUCCAACAUCUAUUUGGGCGUGCUAGCAAUAUGCGACAUCGCUUAUUCAAUAAUAUUAUUCAUUGAAUGGCUCGUUUUAAUGAAUAUCCAUCUAGAUAAAAAUUAUUUGUUUUGGUUGUAUUUUUUGGUGGACAUUUUGACUUUCUUUUUCGAGUUCAUGAGUGUGUGGCUUGUAGUAGUCUUUACCAUCGAGCGAUAUAUAGUGACGAAGUAUCCGCUUUUACGUCGAGCUUGGUGCACUGUCAAACGAGCAAAAAUCAUAGUAAUCACACUGAUUGGAUUAGCAAUUUUAUAUACCAUUCUACAUGUUUUUUUAUUUAUUGGGCUCAAGUAUUAUCUAGAUGAAGUAUCAUAUUUUGAAAAAAAAGGAAUAAAUGUCUACGAUUUAUACAAAUAUAUAAAAUUCGAAAAACAAACAGGAGUUAGAAAGAUAAGGACCGUUAUAGAUUCUAUUACGCUAUUUACUUUACCUGCUCUCGUGAUAGUAAUCUGCAAUACUCUGAUAGGAUAUCACAUUUACCAGCAAAAUCGUGUUCGCAAAAUGUUGAUUACAGCGUCCGAUUCUUCUAAUGAGAGAACUCAGAUUUUUAGUGAUAAAAAGCUGCAGUAUAAAAUCACAAGAAUGCUAAUUCUCGUUUCAAGCAUAUUUGUAAUCUUGAAAUUACCUGAACAUUACUUUCAUUACAUUAGUAGUUACAUACCUAAAUAUGUCAAUUUGCUUGUUAUGUACAUAAUAUUCAAGUUAUUAGACACAGCACAUUACAGUAUAAAUUUUGUUCUCUACUGCGCAACGGGACAAACUUUUCGCAGAGAACUAAUCCACAUGUUUACAAAACGUAAAAAUGUAAGCAAAAACAAAAAUGAAGAAAAUGUAUAAUUAUAAGUAACAGUAUGUUUGAUGUUCAAUUAUGCAGUCAUAAUAAGGUAAUAUAACCAUAAUUAAACACAGCGUUCUAUACUGAAAAUAUAAUCGAUAAAUUUACAAAAUUAGAUGUAAAAAUGACAUGAUAAAUAACAGAAAUUUACUAAAUAUAUAUUGCAAAUUUACAUAAUUUUAUACAUUUUAUACUAGUAUAUUUCCAUUUAGCGGCGCACUCAGGAUAUUUUUUUCAGGGGGGUGGGGGGUUUAAAAUUUACACACAAAAUUAAACAGUAUGACCAAAAAUCAGGAUAAUUUUGUAUUGCACACUAAAAAAUAUAAAAAUGUUACAUU